CUUACCAUAUCUCUACCACAUGAGCAACUCAUGUAAAUAAAAUAAAAAAUUGGUUAACACAUGAAGUGGUAGCCUGUGUUAUUUCCGGGAGCGUUGCCGGUCUGAGUUCUGGUGGAGGAAGGAAAAGUUUUUGACAGCAUCUUUCUGGAAAUUACAAUCUGCUGCAUCUUUCUGGAGUCUUGGUGGAGAAGCUUUUUCCUUUCGUUUAAUUUCUUUUUUUGUUUUGUUUUUAUUUUGUGAAACCGGGUGUUUCCUGUACUUUCAUCCUGUCCCUGAAGUAAACACCCCGAAGUGGUCGUUGCUGCAUAAAUAUCGUAGUCUGACCGGAGCGCCUUCUCCCGGCUCCAGCCCACACAGCGCCGGGCAUCAUGAGAACCUGGAGGCGGCGGAAGAACUUUGCUUUUCUCAUCUUCGCUCUCCGCUUCUGGUGCCUUUCCACGGCGACUGAAAAUGCUGACAGCACGGUUUAUAAUAUCCAAGGAGGAAGUAUACCUGGCAAGCCUAAAAAGCAAGAGGAUGCAACAAAACCAGAACGCUAUGGGACCACCGUACCUCUGCUGCUGAAGGGCAAGGAGCGAAGACCUGUCUGCCAGCUCGAGUCAGGGAGUUAUCCUGCGUCACUCCAGCUUCUGGUACGUGUGGAAGGUGAACAGCUGAUCCUGUUGCUGGAGAAAAAUGAGGGUCUUUUUGCAAGCCAUUACACUGAGACACAUUACCAGGAGGAUGGAAGUGCAGUCAUCGGUUCUCACAAAACAACGGACAACUGCUACUACCAUGGCGAAGUGCAGGCGCAUCCAGACUCUGAUGUCUCCCUCAGCACCUGCUCAGGCCUUCGAGGCUUCAUCGCACUUGAGAACAGAACAUUCAUCAUUGAGCCGGUGUCUGGCAAUGACAACUGUGCUCACUUCAUCUACCACGGGGAAGAACUCAGACUGACCCCAGGAGCCUGCGGCCACGGCUUCAAUAUGUCCUCAAUUGCCCCAGAAAACCACAUCAAAAGUCCCUUCCAAUCUUUUCACUCCAGGCAUAAAAGGCAUGCCCAGAAGACAACCAAGUAUGUCGAGCUGAUCAUUGUUGCAGACAACAGAGAGUUUCAGAAACAGGGGAGGGAUGUGGAGAAGGUGAAACAGAGACUGGCAGAGAUAGCCAAUUAUGUGGACAAGUUCUACAGGGCCCUGGAUAUCCGAGUGGCUCUCGUGGGUCUGGAGGUAUGGAGUGACUCUGAUAAAUGUCCCAUCACCCAGGAUCCUUUCACCACCCUGCACGAGUUCCUGGACUGGAGGAAAGUCAAGCUGCUGCCUCAGAGACCUCAUGAUAACGCUCAGCUCAUAAGUGGGGUCUACUUCCAGGGCACCACCAUUGGCAUGGCGCCAAUUAUGAGCAUGUGCACAGUUGAGCAGUCUGGAGGCAUUGUCAUGGAUCACUCUGAGAACCCACUGGGUGCAGCCGUGACUUUGGCACACGAGCUUGGACACAAUUUUGGCAUGAACCACGACACCCCAGAGCGCGGCUGUGGCUGUAGGAUGACCGCUGAUCGGGGAGGCUGCAUCAUGACCCCCUCCACAGGGUAUCCAUUCCCGACUGUGUUCAGUACAUGCAGUAAGAAGGACCUUGCUGCUAGUCUGGAGAAAGGUGUGGGCAUGUGUUUGUACAACAUGCCAGAGGUUAAGGUGCUCUAUGGGGGCCAGAAGUGCGGCAAUGGUUACGUGGAGGAGGGAGAAGAGUGCGACUGCGGAGAGCUAGAGGAAUGUAUGAAUCCAUGCUGCAACGCCACCACAUGCACGCUUAAGGGAGACGCAGUGUGCGCACACGGGCAGUGCUGUGAAGACUGCCAGCUGAAACCUGCUGGCACCCUCUGUCGAGAGUCCAGUAACUCCUGUGACCUGCCAGAAUUCUGCACCGGUGCCAACCCUCACUGCCCAGCCAACGUUUAUCUGCAUGAUGGGCAUGCCUGCCACAGCGUUGAAGGAUACUGCUACAACGGCAUCUGCCAGACUCACGAACAACAAUGUAUCACCCUGUGGGGACCUGGAGCCAAGCCUGCCCCUGGGAUAUGCUUUCAGAGAGUCAACUCAGCAGGGGAUCCUUAUGGGAAUUGUGGGAAGGACUCCAAAGGCUCCUUUGCCAAAUGUGACGCGAGGGACGCACAGUGUGGCAAAAUUCAAUGCCAAGGUGGCGCCAACCGACCAGUGAUUGGAACAAAUGCUGUUUCCAUUGAAACCAACAUCCCGCUUCAAGAAGGAGGGCGUAUUCUGUGUCGAGGAACACAUGUUUACCUGGGUGAUGACAUGCCGGAUCCUGGGCUGGUUCUGGCUGGUACGAAGUGUGGAGACGAGAUGGUGUGCCUGAAUCGGCAGUGCCAGAAUGUCAGCGUGUUUGGUGUGCAUGAGUGCUCUGGGAAGUGCAGUGGACGUGGGGUGUGUAACAACAAGAAGAACUGCCACUGCGAGGCACACUGGGCGCCUCCAUUCUGUGAGAAAGCAGGCUUCGGUGGGAGCAUUGACAGUGGGCCGAUGCGACUGGCAGCCGACAGUGUGGUCAUUACUGUGGCGAUCCUGGUUACCCUGGUCAGCCUGCUCGUAACCACAGUGAUCGUCUUCCUGAAGAGGAAGACUCUGCUGCGCCUCCUCUUCACCAAUAGGAAGAGCACCUUGGAGAAACUCAGAUCCAUGGAGGCAAACAGGCCGACCAGCCCCAUCAGGUCUCAGUCCUUGUACAGACCCACACCACAGCGUAAGCCUCCGCCCAAACCCUCUACUGCCAACAUUUAUAAGCCAUCUCUCCUGAGUGCGGAGCCUCUUCUCCCUCCACACAACUUCCACUCUCACAGCCUGCGCCGCCUGCCCCUCUACCAGCCCCUGCACAUCAGUCACCCUAUGCCCGUGUCUCUGAGUGUGGGCCAGCCCACCCUCCCUCCUCUCCCAGCCCACCACAGGCUGCUGCCUGCACACAGGUCUCUCUCACCACCUCGGGUGCAACCUUUUCUCAGUCUGCCACGCCAUCAGCCGUCAUACAGAGGAGAACAGGACUUCGAGAAACCCAGUCCACCCCAGAAACCCCUACCUGCAGACCCACUGGGGAGGAGCUCUCGGCUGGGUUACCGUGCUUCAGCUGCAGGAGUCCAUUUUCCGGGAAAUGGACCCCUCCCCAUUCCUAUCCCCACAGUGCCCAGACCCCCACCCACCAUCCCUUUACCCAGCAGACCAGUGCCGGUGUUGCCCUACAGACCACCAAAGAUUCAGAGGGACUGCUGAGCUCCUGACGUCAUGGACGAGUAGAUCUCCUGCCAACAGACGGAGACUUUUUGAUUUGCACUAAUUACUGAGACUCUGUAAGACAUUCUGGACAGUUAGAAGAUGAACAGAGUCUCUGGUGAAGGGGGCUAACGUCACACCUUGGUGCUACACCUCUAAAAGGUGCUUUGAUGUCCUCACUCAGGUACCAAUGAACUAUUUAUCUAUUUAAGUAUUUAACUUCAAUACUGACGAUCUGUGCACAGAGCACUCUGAUCGAGUGAGAAAAAGAAGGACUCAUUGUGUUUUAAAUAUUUCUUUUGCAUUUCUUGUGAUUUUUAUAUCUUUUCUUUACUCAAAUGAAAUGCUGAAAUGUACGUUUUUUUAAAGCCGGUCAAGUUGCUUGAAUCAUUGACGCACCAAAAGUUUGUUUUUGGACUAAGGUUAUGAUAAAGGGAAGUGGAGCACAACUCAUCAAGUUGUCAGUGUAGCUUAUUGGCUUUAGAGUUAAUGAGGCUUGGUAUCAUGUAGGUAUUCAAUACCAAAUACUUCUUUUCUAUCCAUGCUGCCAAGGUUCUACAAACUAAAUAUAUUUAGAGCUUUUUAUUGUUGUUUAAAGACAGUGGACUCGUCUGAAAGUCUUUGACUACGUCUUUAUUGCUGGAUUCAUCUGAUCAGCUCAUUUUACGGUCUCACGCUCAGGCUCUUUUAUUUCCUUAUAAGUUCACUUCUGCACAAAAAGGAAAAGUUAUUUUCACACGUCAGCCUGGCUCUGACACACACACAGCCUCUGAGGCUCUGGGCACGUGUUGGACGCUCAACAUGCGCCUCUGAUAACUGGCAGACGCUGCAGUCUCCACAUUUUUGACAGACUGAUUGUGUUCCAGAGAAUGACAUCAACACCAAAUGAUUCAACAAUAACUCUGGUGUUUGUAUGUUUUACAAUUACGCUCACUUUGCCCUUGACUGUGCAAGCCAAGUGAAAUGACUUCAGCGCUGCGAGCUUUGCCAAGCUCCACCUCGACUGUGUGUCUAACAAGAUGUUUUACCAUAUCUUUCCUGUCCUCUUUGGGUUUUUGCCUUCAUAACAUUCCAUUUGGAUUUUGUAUUGCUUUUUUAUUGUUAUAAUUUUUUUAAACAUUGAUGGUGUUUCUGUAGAUCCAGAGUUGCAUCCUCAGUUAAAUUUCAGUUCCAUUUAUUGAAUGGUGGUUGACUUUCUGUCAUACAAGGAGGGGUUCAACUGUUAACAACUUAAAGGCAGAGUUCUUUUUCCCCCCGUGCCAGUUUUCAUUUUGUUCACAAUGUCACAAUGUAUUUUAUAAAGUGAUUCCCAAUGCAGCCGUUGUCCUCUCACAUCUGCAGAAUGACUGAAGUCAGAGAGAUUCUACUCUUCUGCGUUGCAUUCAAGUACAAGAGUGAGUGAGUAAUUUUUGGAUGUGUUUUGGAAGUGGUCGGAUGUGUCCGUCAGUUUGACUGACUGCUCUCUGAUGAAAAUAUUUGUCAGUUCUGUGUCAAUUUGUUGUUCAAUGUUUAUGCCAUUUGUAAACCCAAAAUGUACUGUGUUUAUUUACGUUAUUGUAACAUGUUUAAAGCCAUUGUUGAGUGUAAAUAUUGUAUGUCAGUCAUGAUUUCUCAUGUUUCGUCCUUUUUUGCAAGCACAGUAAGAACUCAUUAGAACGGCUUUGACGGUAAAAACCCAAAUAAACUAGUUGGGGAAGUUAACUUGUCAUAACAUGUAGGUUAAAACAUUCAGAGACAAAUGUUUGUGGGAAAUAUUUAAAUCUGAGAUUUUGUGGACGACAUCAGAGCCAAAUAAAAGAUCCUUUUUGACUGUUAA